AUGUCGUCACUGGAUUCAUCUAGCCGGUUGGCCGAAUCCGGCAUCACGAUCCACUCCGACAGCGAGCACUACUCCGCGGUCGAAGACUCCUCCUCGACCUCAGGGCCGUCUUCCUCAUCCCCUGUUAUUCUCUACAGACCUCCCACCCUGUGGUCGAUAAUACGCGGCGCUGCCAUCAAUCUCUGUCUUCCCUUCAUCAACGGCAUGAUGCUUGGCUUUGGCGAGUUGUUUGCGCACGAGGCGGCCUUCCGGUUAGGUCUUCCCCUGAACCGUCGUCGCGCGCAUCCCAUCGGCCCCGGUGUUGAGAUUGUGGAUCGAAAGAGGCGAGUCACAACUACGUACGGCGCAUGCUGGGAUCCUGCAGAAGGGUGA